AAACACAUAUAAGGAGAAAUAUCCCACUCCCACAUCACAGGGGGCUCUCGGUCUCCUCCAGUCUCCGCUCGUCUCUCCCUGCUUCGCAACUUUUGCCAUCCUACCUUUUUCCAUCCUCCCAAGGAGCCACAAUGAACCGGCAAUUCAGUUCCAGAUCGUUCUCAACAGGUGGAAGAAGGGGCUAUUCUGUUUCUGGCAGUGGCUUUCGAAUGGGCAGCGGCUCAACUUCUGUUGUUCCUGUUGGAGGAGUGGGAGCCUUCAGUGGUGGCUUUGGCAGCAGAAGUCUCUACAACCUUAAUGGAAGCAGGCGGAUAUCCACAGGCCUAGUUUCUGGUGGUGGUGGUGGUGCUCACUUUGGAGGAGGCUUUGGCGCACGAAGUGUUGGGGGCGGUCUAGGAUUCAGCAGUUUUAGCAGCGGUUAUGGAGGUUAUGGUGGUGGAGUAGGCUUUGGUGGUGGUCUUGGCAUGGGCAGUCAUGUUGGAGGCUUUGGUGGUGGUGGUGGAUAUGCCCUUGCAGGCCCUGCUCCCUGUCCAGCUCCGGGACGAAUCCACAAUGUCAUUGUAAACAAGAGCCUAUUGGCUCCUCUGCACAUGGAGGUUGAUCCUGACAUCCAGAGGGUCCGGGUGCAAGAGAGGGAACAGAUCAAGACCCUCAACAACAAAUUUGCCUCUUUCAUCGAUAAGGUAAGAUGGAACAGGGAGGAAGUUGCAAAAGGGGCGAAAGGAAGACAAAAAUGACCUGUUGAUAUUCUAAAAUAGGAAAUGAAGUAACUUUUUCUCACAAUACAAGUGGUUAGAAUGAUGCUAUUUCAUGUAUGGGUAUCUUGGUGAACACAAAGCAGUGUAAGGGGGGAUAGCAUCACUAGGCCUGAAGCAAUAAAAUGUUGGUUUUCAAUUGCUUGUAAUUCUAGGGCAAGGGCAAAUAACUUUAAUCUAUGGAUGUAGGUUAAACACUAAGAAACUAUGCAAGCAUAGUUCAGCAGCAGAAUUAGCUUCUUUAAGGGGAUUGUAGAACAUCCUUGUUGUUCAAAGCCUGGACAAGCAGCUGUGAAGGAUGCUACCGAUAUGAGAAGGAGCUAGUUUCUGAGUAGUUGGUUCCUUUUAACUCUGUGAUUCUAUCUACUUAUACCUAUGUAAAAAGAUAAACUAUUGAGAUUUGUAAGCUUCUAAAGAUUCCAUACAUCAUGCCAUCUGGGCAAUUUAGAUGUUUAUGAGCCAUGAAGUUUGUGGACCAUACCUUACUGUUGAUCACACAUGCUUAAAAGGCUGGUUCUAUGUUUUGUGGAUGCUUACAUGUUUAGGACAUUUAAUAUUAGCGUAACAUGGAAUGAGUAGAGCUCCCAUUAUCAGAGUAUAUGCGCAAGGACCUAAAUUCUAUCCACAGCAUUUCUAGAACAAGGGCUAGGAAAGAUCUCUGACUGAGAAAUUCAAUAGUGAUAAUGCUAUUCUAGUGUUCUAGGUAGCCUUGCAAGCAAAUGUAGGACCAGCAACGUCAGUUAUAUCGACUUAUAAGCAUCCAUGAGGCACAAACCAUUUUGAUUCCUCAACAGACAUUAAUCUGCAGAGCAAGUCAUUUGGGGCAAAUAUUUCAUUGCUGCUUCUCAAAAGAGGAUUUUGUGUUCCUAAAAUUGAGAUGCAUCUGAGUAAAUAUAGCCCUGAUGGAUACGCAGUAGUUUUUUUUACAAGAGCAGCAAAUGGCUGGAAUGUACACAGAACCCUGAGGUUCAAACUUCCCACAUGCAAGGUGAUUUUGAGGACCAAACUACUUUUAAACAUACAUCUAUUCCAAAUGGAAUGGAAAUGAAAUUUCAUGAAGUCAACAGUUAGCAAGAUUCCAGAACUUACCUUUUUGAAUUUGGAAAUGCUACAGAUUCUGUGUUUGAAAUUUGUCUUUGAGAGAGUUACAUCAUCAUCAUCAUCAUCAUCAUCAUCAUCAUGACAACAGCAAUAAUACACAUAAAUCUUAAAUCUUUGAUUAGUUUUACAGCAGUAAUGUCAAGGGUAAAUUUUAUGUUGUGAACAGCCCUGAGAUUUACGGAUGGCGGGCAGUACACAAAUUUUGAAAAGAGAAAAGAAAAGGAAGAAUUAAACCCAAUCGCAAAGAUACAAAGAACUGUGGAUCCAGUACUGGGCUGGGGAAAGCUAGUGUCACAUGAUACUUCUGAAGUCACAAUGUAGCUGAAGGCUCACUAAAUUCCUCCAUGUUCAGCGUGAUCAUUUUCGUAGCUCUUCAAUGUAGCCUUUAAGAUGUGUUAAUAAUCUUCUAGAUGGACAAAUUCCAGCAAUUUUAAAGGAGAAUUAAUGGCUCGCCUAGCUUAAAAUUGUCUCUGACAUUUACCUUGUCAAUUUCAUGCCAAACACUCAUUCAAAACAUUCCCCUUUGGGAAGCUCAUUGCUUUCCAAAGCCUUGACAAAGUUAUCAAAUGCUGCACACCUCCAGUUUGCCAGGAGAACGUCAUUGUUUUCCCCUUUUAAAAUGCAAAUGGAGAAAGAGAGUGGAAGAUUGCGUAACUGAGUAGGGCACUAUCUAUAGCUGUACUGGAAUGCUAUAAUCAUAAUAAUUUAAUUCAAAGCUACUGAAUAACCCCACUCGCUCCCCAAAAUUUAAGGCUGCAGUCCUGUUCUCAUUUCCCUAAGAGCAAGUCCCACUGGGACUUCUCAGCAGGCAGGCAUAGGGUUCUGCUGUAAUUAGACCUUUUAGCUAUACAGUGGUACCUCGGGUUACAUACGCUUCAGGUUACAUACGCUUCAGGUUACAGACUCCGCUAACCCAGAAAUAUUACCUCGGGUUAAUAACUUUGCUUCAGGAUGAGAACAGAAAUUGUGCUCCAGCGGCGCGUCAGCAGCAGAAGGCCCCAUUAGCUAAAGUGGUGCUUCAGGUUAAGAACAGUUUCAGGUUAAGAACGGACCUCUGGAAUGAAUUAAGUAAUUAACCCGAGGUACCACUGUACAUUUUGAUGAAGAAGGGACUAUAAAAAUGUAUUGCAGCCACAUGUGAUAGCCCAGGCACUGAAUUUAACAACUGAUUAGCAAAAUAUAAAUAUUAGUGUUUUCAAAAUGCAGGAAUAGGUGGGGGAUUCAAUUCAGUUUGCACUUUCUGAAUCAAGAUGUGAACAGAAACACAUCCUUUGUGAUUUGGAAUCCAGUUCUCCAGCCAAUAAUGUGUACAAAGAGCAUAUGCUAAAGUCUGGAUGUACAUGCAAAUAUUAAUAAACAUACAGAAAUACAUUGUAUCAGGGGAAAUUGUUUUGCCAAAAUGUCUCUGUUAGGCAAAUUGCACACAAAAAUGUAUAUUCACACUAAAUUCACACUAAAAUGAUGACUUUUCACUAGAAUUUUUUUAUUUUAUUUCAAACUGAUAUGGAAAUGCGAAGGACGGGGGAAAAGAAGAAAUAAAAAGAAACUGAAAUUUACAGAUUGGCCCAUCCCUAUUGAAAUAUUAGGCACAAAUUUUCACAGAUGUUGAACACAGAUGUUUUAUCAGGAAAGUGUUCCUUUUUGAAAAAUUCAGGGCCACGUGUACAUAUAUAAGUACUGAAUUAAUACAAAACCAGUUCAGGCUACUUCUUGUAUGUCAAUGUUGUUGUAUUGUGGCUGCCAUAGGUGGGAUAGAUCAGAUAUGGAGUCAGUGGCUGUGUACAUUCUUGUGCUGAAGGGGUAAAUGGAGAUCAAGUGAAGACAGUAUUAUGCUUCCUUGCCCUAUCAGAAGAGGAACAUGUAGCUUGUGGGGAGGGGUGUCAUUUCCCUUAUUGGUUUCCCAAAAAAUAUAUUGGGAUGAUAUUCUGGUCCUGUCUUCUCACAUUAAAUACGAUGUGCACACUUAACACCCUCAAGGAACACAGGAUGUGCUUCACGCAUAGUUACGCAUAGGCCUGAUUUAUGCCAUCGUGGUUUCAUCCAUAUGAUUUCAUCCAGGUACUUGUUGCUCGCCUGUGAGAUGAUAUGGUGUCAGAAACCUGCAUGCAGCCCGUACCAAUUAUGGCCUGUUGUGGAAUCAGAUGUUAACUGGGAUCGCAGCUUUGGGAUUAGGGUGCAGGCUACUAGUGUUUAAUGUUAAUUUGAAUCCAUGUUAUGCAUGGAAUUCAGGUAUCUCCUACCCCUCUACCCAAAAAAAGGAAGAUGGAAAGGCCUUAUUUUAGACAUAGCGUUAUUUUCAAAGAACAGCAAACAGUCAGAACUUUCAUGCAGUCUGCUCCUGUGCAGAACCUAAAACCUAAAAACACUCUCAAUAUAAUUUCACACUUUUCAGCAGUUUCUCUGUACCUGUACUUCUUAUAAGCAAAGUUUUCCUACUGCUUAUGUCAGAAUUAGGGGACGCGGGUGGCACUUUAAACCACAGAGCCUAGGACUAGCUGAUCAGAAGGUCGGCGGUUCGAAUCCUGUUGCUCGGUCCCAGCUCCUGCCCACCUAGCAGUUCGAAAUAUUCACACAUUACACUUUAGUACAAAGAUAUGGUCCAUAUUGGACGCGGGUGGCGCUGUGGGUUAAACCACAGAGCCUAGGACUUGCCGAUCAGAAGGUCGGUGGUUCAAAUCCCCGCGACGGGGUGAGCUCCCGUUGCUCGGUCCCAGCUCCUGCCAACCUAGCAGUUCGAAAGCACGUCAAAGUGCAAGUAGAUAAACAGGUACCGCUCCGGCGGGAAGGUAAACGGCGUUUCCAUGCGCUGCUCUGGUUCGCCAGAAGCAGAUUAGUCAUGCUGGCCACAUGACCUGGAAGCUGUACGCCGGCUCCCUCGGCCAAUAAAGCGAGAUGAGCGCCGCAACCCCAGAGUCGGUCACGAUUGGACCUAAUGGUCAGGGGUCCCUUUACCUUUAUGUCAGAAUUACUUCCCUACCCGUGCAAAGACGUCCAGGGUUCUGCGCUCUACUAAUGGGGAAAGGAUCAUCUUCUUCCAAGUGAGCAAGCAAGGGUUUCGUCCCAUGUUGGGAAUAGUCUUGCAACUGUGCUACACUUGCACCAAGCUUCAAAAACCAUUAUCCCAUUAAUUCUUCCAACAUCCCUUUAGGCUCAGUUCCUUAUUACUAUGUCUCUUGUUGUACAGAUUAAGGAGCUGAAACUGUGAGAUAGAUAGUUUGCCCAAGGCCACCCAGAGACUCCUUGGCAGAGUUCCAGUGUGCAUUCAGUUCCCACAGUAUAAAAGCCUGUAUUCUGGAGUAAUUUGAGAGUUUGAAUUACUGUUAGGAAAUGGGUUUCUGUGCUUGAUUUAUAUCUUAAUAAUAAUAAAUAUGUUUUAACUGAAAAUCAUUUAUCAGCACCACCCAGUUCCCCCUUUCCUAUAUUUUCACUCUCACUUUAGGGGCUCCGUGAUCAAGAACGGAUCAUGCUCACACCCAAAAUAUACAAAGUGGCUUUCAUUUUAUAACAAAGAGUCCUUACUAGUUAGAAAAACAUUUCUAUUUUUUCACUUCCCCAAAUGUACCGAGCAGAUCUUCACUAAGGCCCCACUGGACUGGGCGGUUUUGUUGUUGUUGCUGCAGCAGCAAAUAUACUUAUGGUCUUAAUUGUCAUUCACAAUAAAAUUUUGAAAGUCACCAUUUUCAAAAGUCACAGUUCCACCUUUUAGAACGUAAUAUUUCAAAUAUUGCUGAGUUAUAAAUUUAUGCAUGAUUUCAUUUCAGUUUUAAUUGGCUUUUUAAAAUGCACUGAAGGGGCAGACGAAAGGUUGAAAGAAGCUAUGCCUCCCCUGGUACUAAUAUAUUGUGAGACAGGUAUACCUGUGGUGGUAUAGUCCUACCAAAGGAGUGUAAUACCUUAGAAUGUGCAUGGCAGGUAUUUAGUACAGGGCCAGAGACUCACCAUCCUCUUUUUACAUGAUGAAAACUCUGUGAAUUGACUCUGAUCACAUUCACACCAUGCCUUUAAAGUACGUGGUUUUCCUCAAGGAAUCCUGGGAACUAUAACCUCUAGUCUCAUCUCUGCCCUUCCCUUGUUGUGUUUCAGGUGCGAUUCCUUGAGCAACAGAACAAAGUGCUGGAGACCAAAUGGGACUUGCUCUACCAGCAGGGCAGCCCAGCUCUGAGGGACAAUCUUGAGCCGCUUUAUGAGGCUUACAUUGACACUCUCCGAAGGCAGCUUGACCACCUAGUCAACGAUAAAAACCACCUGGACAUCGAACUGAAGAACACACAGGAGCUUGUAGAGGAUUUCAAGAACAAGUAUGUGUCAGAAAAGGUGGCAGUGAGGGUGACAAUGCCUCUUGCUUGCCUGCUUGGAGGACAAAUAGAUGUGUGUGUUGUGUGUGAGUGUGUGUGACUUUAGCCUGACUGAAAUCGAGCCUACUUUUAAAAAGUGACAUCCAUAGUUCUGCCCACUUUUUUUUGCCUCUGGCCCUACUUGGCAUGUGGCCUCUGGAAGGUUCUCUAUGGGGAAAUGUGGCCCUCAGGCUGAAAAGUAUUUCCCACCUCUGGACUCUUCCAUUCAUCAUCAGUUAAUUUCCCACAAGGAUAGCAUACUCCUCAACCAUCCCAAUUUGAGCAGGACAUCCCAGAAUUACAGAAGCCAUCCUUGUUUCUGAUUGGAUCCUGGCAUGUCCUUUUUGGCCCAGCGCAGGAAUUUGGGACCAAAAAGUGAGCGUCUUGAUUUUGAUCAGCAGGAAGUUGGAGGGUGUGAGAUGGCUGUGAUCCAGCAGAAUGACCACUCCCCACAUCAAAUGGGGCGCCUUUUGCGUGGUCGCACACAGCUCCCCAGAUCCCAGUGUGGCUCCCAGUUGUACGGGCUGGCUUCACCCUCCCCAGGCUGGAUACCUGGAGGUCUCUGCCUACCUCAGCCAAUCACCCAAUCCCACCUGGGGAGGCAUUGCCAGGGGAUUGGCCAGGUAGGGGGAGGGACUGCCCUGCCCACACAACAGAAGGUGAAUCUUACCUGAGAAGCGUCAGUUGGCUCCAGAGCUUCUCCCACCCUGCCCUCCCUCAGUUAAGCCUUCUUUUGCAGGUUAACCUUUUCUCCACAGGUACGUGGGCACUGCUACGUCAUGGUUGCUGUUGAAGGGCCAGAAAGGAAUUUUCCUGCAUUGGCAGGUUUUGCCUUUCCCGUAGCAAAAUGUCACAACUUUGGCGGUUUCAGGCCUUGGGUGGAAUCCUUUAGUCUAUCUUCCUAAAUGGGGUGUGUGUGUGUGAAGCGGUGACCCACGCCACCCUUGUGGCGGUGAUCCCAGGGUUCCUUGUUAAAGGGGUCUUGAGGGGAGGCAUUGGCCAUAUGCCGAGAGGUUGUCAUUGCUCUCCCCUGUGAUGGUGGCAAAACGGGGGCCGGGCUCUCUGGUUGAACAUAUGUUCUCCAGAGCCAGCCCAAUCCCUACACAUUCUGGAUAACCCUGAUGUCUCCUAGAUUCCCGGCUGGGGACUGGGAAGGAUAAACACCCAAUGCCUGAGCCAAGGUCUCCCUACAUCUGAAACUUAAUAAAGUUGUGGCCAAUUUUAAUCUCAUAGCAUGUUGUCUUGAGUCAUUAUUCCGCUUGGGGGUCACCUGGGGUUGGGGGGACUCCACCUGUCCACGCAAAGCAUAAUCUCUUGGGAUAAAGCAGUCUUCCAAAACAUGGGGCUUCCUGUAACACUUUGAGUAAAUCACUGUCUCAUAGCUUCAUCUGCCUCACAAUGUUGUUAUGAAGAUAUAUACUACUGGGUAGCUCAGUUGGUUAGAGUGUGGUGCUGAUAACACCAAGGUUGCAGGUUCAGUCCCCAUACGGGACACUGCAUUGCAGGGGGUUGGACUAGAUGACCCUCAGAGUCCCUUUCAACUGUAUAAUUCCAUGAUUCUAUGCUUGUAAGGUUUGUAUUUCAUGCACCUAAAUUAUCAUGGUGACAAUAAUUAUUUCCCCCUUUCUAACAGAUAUGAAGAUGAAAUUAAUAAACGUACAGCUUGUGAAAAUGACUUUGUGGUGCUCAAAAAGGUAAGUGGCAUUAGGAAAGUUUAAAACCAGAAUGGCAGACCACUCUUAUUUCCUAUUUCUUAUACACCCUGAUCCUAAGUAUCUGUAUUCACGUAUCCAUCUGUAGUGCAAGAAUAAUGACUAAAGUCAGCACUUUUGCACUUUGUAGUUCCAUUUGUGCCAAACCCAGACCUAAACCAUGGUUUGUGCCAUUUGACUGGUGAAGCAGACAACGGUCAGAGCUGGCAUGAAAGGUCACUCACUUUUCAGUUAUGUUCAAAAUCAUAUAAAGCUCAGCUUUGGGUGGAUUUUGAUUGUUAAAUUCAAUUUUGAGGAAGACUUUUGACAAAACAGAAGCCUAGCUGUUGAGGUUAGUUCUUAAUCAACAGAUUCACAUCAGGGAAUUCCACUUCACUUUGUUCCAGGGUGUAUUACACCAAUAUGUUUUGGAGUUUGCCCCUAAUAUUGGGCCUUAUUGCACACACACUCUGCUCGUCUUAUGCUAACAGUGAUUUUAUGUUCACCCCUAAGGAUGUGGAUGGCUCCUACAUGCACAAGAUAGAUCUGGGAUCCAAGGCUGACUCCUUGACUCAGCACAUCCAGUUCUUAAGAGCGCUCUUCGAUGUGGUAAAGAUUUUUAUCUCCUUUUCUAACUGUAUGGGAAUGUAUUACUAAACCAACUUCAUCAUCCAAAAUGUGACAAAUAACUACAGCCCCACAAACAACAGAUCCCUUGAACAGACUAAAAUACAGUCGUAUCUUGGCUCCCGAAUGCCUUGGGAGUUGAAUGUUCUGGCUCCUGAAUGAUCGAAAACCGGAAGUGAGUGUUCUGGUUUUCGAAUUUUUUUUGGAAGCCAAACGUCCGGUGCAGCUUCCACUAUUGUUUCUGGUGCGCCUGCGCAAUUGGAACGCAAUUGGAAGCCAUGCCUUGGUUUUUGAACUUUUCAGAAGUUGAAUGGACUUCCGGAAUGGAUUCCGUUCGACUUCCGAGGUAUGCCUGUACUUCAACAAAUUCAUAUCCACCUGCCAACCUAUUCCCCAAGGACUUGACUUUAUUCCAGUUUGUUAAAAACAAGCAAACAUCCUAAACUGAACUUCUCUCUUCAAGCCAGUCAUUAAUUUUAACACCCGCUAAACCAAUUCCUGUUAUUAUGGCAGGGUGAGUGCCAGGGUCCUUGGCUGGGGUGUGCACAGGCGGAAGAAGGGGUUUGUGGUGGGUAUGGUCCGCCCCGGGUGUCACCACUGAGGAGGUGACAAAAUGAUGGGCAGCACUCACCGCAGGGCCUGCAGUGCACCCAAGCCAUGUGUCUCUCCUGGGAGAGACACGGUGGUUUGGGUGCACAUAGGCUCUGCACUGCCCAAACAGUCCGCCUGCUGCCUCCCCCCCAGUUGUAGGGCGGCUGAGGGGGAGGAGGCAGGCAGACUCUGCGGUGUGCCCCACCCUUGCCCCGGCCCUAUGGGCUUGCCCCACCCCUGGGCGUGCCACCCCAGGCUCCUGAGUGGCUUUCUCCGCCGCUGGUGAUGUGCUAUGCUGUUAUGUGCUCUGUGCAUACAGGCACAUGAAAGCCAGGCUGUCAAGCACCAGGAGUCAGGGGAGAGUUUCUCCCUUUUGCGACAGCACCUUCAAGUGCAGUCUCUGCUUUUCCCCAUAAGGACCUCUUACAGUAUAUCUGAUAGUGGCGUUUGUAGCAAGGCUAUAAAUAAAAUCCAUUUCUUUUCAGCAACCACAGGUUUCAGUCCAGUUUGUAGGCUAUCUCAAAUGUUCCUUUUAAUAGAAAGGAAGGAUUAAAAAUGAAUAAAUACCUGCUGGUGCCAGAAACCACAAGAUGUAAAGACCAAGAUAGCACAAAAGUUUUUUCAAUUGAUAAUAAAAAUUAUUUCAUAAUUCCCACAGGAACUGACUCAGGUACAGGCACAGGUUAAAGACACCAAUGUCGUCCUACAAAUGGACAACAACAGAGAUCUGGACCUGAACAGCAUCAUUGCUGAAGUGAGAGCUCAGUAUGAAGAUAUUGCCAACAGGAGCAGAGCUGAGGCAGAGGCUUGGUACCAAAAUAAGGUAAAAUUUUGCUAUAACUCAGACACAAAGUGUUGCCAAAAACUGAAAUUCAAAGGCCCUCCUGAAUUUGAAAGUAGAUUUUUGAACUGUUCCAAAUUGUUCAUUGGAAUUCAAAGCAGAAUUUAGCGCCCCAUGCUAAAUUUCAGAAUACUUUAUAUUUGACAGUCAAUAGUUGGCAAUCAAAAUUUUAAAUUAGAAACCUGUAAGAUUUUAUGGAUAUUAAAGUUUGAACAAUAUGAGUUCAAAAAAUUAUAAUUUUAAAUUGGCACUUUAUUUUUCACAUGGUGACUUAUGGAACCACUAGUCCCCCCCCCCCCCAUUAGCCAGUGCUCAUCUUUUCAAGUGGUUGGGCUAAGUCUUUAGGAAAAUGAAAAGAAUAGUUUGUCACACAAAAUAAAUCCAAACUGAUAUAAAACUUUUGCAAUAUGAAAAUUCUCUCUAUUCUUCUCUCUAUUCUUAUUUUCUUUUUUGAGCUCCGAAAUUGCUAAACUAUGAUCCAGUUAUAGCAACUGAGAAGCACGACAAUUUGAACAAUAGUUUUUAUGACCUGAUCUCUCCUCGCAUCACUCUAAUAAUAGUUGACAGAACUAUUUAUGUUGGGCCAAAGCCAUGGUUUCUUCCUGCCUCAACAUCACCCUCCCCAGCUAGCUGAUGUUAAUGUAGGAAUGAAGUAACUACAAUACCAAUUCAUAGGCAUCACAGAAUAGACAAUGUUUAUGAUUGCCUACUUCACACAUUGGGUGAGAUUCAGCUAACAAAGCAUGCCUGCAGAAGCUUAUGCAAUGACUUGCACUAGCACAAUGGGGUUUUCCCUCCCCCCAUUCCCUAUGCUCCCCUAAUUGGUUUAGGGGUGUCAGGAGAACCCCAAAAACAGCAUGCAGGGGGAGAUCAUUCCAUCAAGCCAGCAGAAAUGCUUGUCUCAAUGGAGUAAUCAGCUUAGUGCUACAUUGAAUUCCUUCCAUUAAGUAUUUCCACAUGAGUCCAUUCACAAGGACACAAAGAUUUCCUCCCAUGUACAAAUGCAUGUGCCUCUUUGCUGGCUUAUAUAGACAAGCUGAACAAUAUAACACAACAUGAUAGCCAAUAACAAUAGCACUAAACACUAUCUAUAGACUAAUACAAACGAUCAGAAAUUGCAACCAAAGUCUCUAAAUCUUCUUCACCAGUCACGGUAGAAUAAUUCAAAAGUUUGAUAUAUACAUAAUCUGUCACCAAAUAUCGCCGGAACAGAGUUUCCGGAUAACCAAUCUGUUUUGUUCCAUGCUUCAUCAGCCAAUCUUGAUCAAUUCUUUAUCAGCCAGAUUUGUAAGAAUUAAUAUGAGAAGGAUGCAGUUCAAUUUCUUAACAAGCCAAUCUUACAUGUAAGCAAAUAUAAACGCUGUAGAAAAUAUGCUCUGGAUCAGUGCUCAUAUGAUACUGUAGUCACUGAUGAAGAAGAUUUCUGAUCAUUUGUAUUAGUCUAUAAAUAGUGUUUAGUGCCAUUGUUAUUGGCCAUCGUGUUGUGUUAUGUUGUUCAGCUCAUCUUUGUUGGCUUAAGCAGAAAAUAUUCACACAUUACACUUUAGUACAAAGAUAUGGUCCAUCUGGCCUUCCUGGUGUUGUUGGUCUCCAACAGUUUCCAGCUCCAGCCAGCAUGACAAAUUGGGAGGGGUGGUGGAAGUUGUAGUGCAACAUUUAGAUGGCUGCAGGUCCCACAUCCCUGAACUUAAUACCAUCCAUCUGUUUCCAACAUCUGUGUAGAAAUGCAUCCAUUACACCUUUCUUUGUAAAAUUGCAACGAUGUGUCCUUUCUAAUCGAUGCAACAUGCUACCAACUGAAAUCUAACUGAGCACCAACUCCUUUAUCUAUAUCCAUUUACAGACAUGUACUUAGAAGAACUUGUUGACAUGAGUUGCUUAUGAUGAUUGCUAUUUUGUUUUGUGUAUAUCAGUUCCAGGAACUCCAAACUACAGCUUUCAAACAUGGCGAUGACUUGAAAUCCACCAAAGAUGAGAUCGCAGAGAUGAGCCGGCUUGUCCAAAGACUUCGCUCUGAAAUUGAAAUUGUGCAGAAAGCUGUAAGUCAUAACUUUUUUCCCCCUCCACAUAGCCUGUAGGCAACCAAUUGAGGCAGCUAGGGGCUUCAUGAGGCUCAAAGUUCCUUCUCCUAUAAUAUGCUGUAUAAAUCUACGAAAAGCUCAGCCCAUCCUGGACAAGUUUUGAGCAAGUCACAAGAUAUCCAAACAAUUCCUUCUGAUCGCUCUUACUCAGUUUGUCAAGGACCUGUGUUGUUGCUAUUUGUGUCUUAUGCUUGUACAUCCUGUUCUUCCUCCUAGGAGCUUAAAGCAGCUUAUAUAUAGCUCACUAUACAAUUGUCCCUUCCACGCAACUCCCAGGUCCAGACCUGAAUAACAUGCCUUCAGACAGCUCUCAUAUAUUCUAACCCUCCUAACACCUUCCUCACCCCCAGGAUUUAACCUGGGCUUACCGUAUGCAAUUAUCAAUGAUUGGGUGCAUUUUUGGCUUAUGAAAGGAGGUCGAUUUAAGAAAUAGCAGGGGCAGGAGGGGGUGGAGAGCCAUGGAACACCAUAAACCACAGGCAAGGCAAUAAGUAUUAAAGUUUCAGAGGGAAAGGUAGGUGAGGAGUAGGGAUGUUUCAAGGCAUCAUAGAAAAGAAUCAUAGAAUAGAAUCAUAGAAUCAUAGAGUUGGAAGAGACCACAAGGGCCAUCGAGUCCAACCCCCUGCCAAGCAGGAAACACCAUCAGAGCACUCCUGACAUAUGGUUGUCAAGCCUCUGCUUAAAGACCUCCAAAGAAGGAGACUCCACCACACUCCUUGGCAGCAAAUUCCACUGUCGAACAGCUCUUACUGUCAGGAAGUUCUUCCUAAUGUCUUUCUUGUAGUUUUUCGUCUUUCUUGUAGUUUGGAUCCAUCGCUCCAUUGCUCAUUUCCCACUCUGCCCUGUAUUUGUUGCAUACAGUGCUGCUUCCGCUCUGCUGCAGUUCAUCUUCUGCCAAAACCUACAUUAUUCAUCUCACUGUCCACUGUGGCUUAUAUUACAUAAAUUAUGCAAUGACAGCAUCCACCCCAUUCAUUUCAGUGCAAAGGAAAUGCAAUGAAAAUAGUGGGGGGAAUGCAAUCAAUUUUGUAAUUUUCGUGGAUUGAAAGCAACAACAGCAGUGAAUGCCAACUGUAUUCUCUGGAUUAGUUUCCAUUCCAGACAUGAAACAAAUAAGAGAACAUUGUUGGCAUUGGAAUUAUCUGACAUCUCUAAUGAGAAGUGACCAACAGCAGUUAUGGCAAGACUGUUGCAAUAUCAGAUGUCAAAAGCAUCUCUUGAAUGUGUGAGCAACUAUAGUGUCAAAGUAAGAUUUUGUAGAUAGACUCAGUGGGUAGAGUUGGCAAUAGCCAAUAGAAUGAAAGAAAGUUCCAAGCUGGCCUUCCCUUUGCAUUUAUUAUUUAUUAUUUUUUUUGGCCUCAUUCCUUCCUACAUACAGAGUACUUCUUUAGUCCUAACCUGUUCCUCAUCCCUUAUCCCAUAAAGCAAAAAAUUCACCUCUCAUUGUAACAAGCAACAGCAUCACAAAUAAAAGCAGCAAUAUGAGGGCAGGGUGUUUCUUUCAGGGACAGGACUUGGGAUAUGUACGCUACCCAUCCAAUACUAAAGGUAAAGGUAAAGGUACCCCUGCCCGUACGGGCCAGUCUUGCCAGACCCUAGGGUUGUGCACUCAUCUCACUCUAGAGGCCAGGAGCCAGCGCUGUCCGCAGACACUUCCGGGUCACGUGGCCAGCGUGACAAGCUGCAUCUGGCGAGCCAGCGCAGCACACGGAACGCCGUUUACCUUCCCGCUAGUAAGCGAUCCCUAUUUAUCUACUUGCACCCGGGGGUGCUUUCGAACUGCUAGGUUGGCAGGCGCUGGGACCGAGCGACGGGAGCGCACCCCGCCGCGGGGAUUUGAACUGCCGACCUUUCGAUCGGCAAGUCCUAGGCACUGAGGCUUUUACCCACAGCGCCACCCGCGUCCCUACCCAUCCAAUAGACUGGUCAGCUUUGAGUGUGGUGAGAGGAGAAGUGUUGCAUGAUGAUGAAGAAAGUGGAAAGACCAAUGGAAAGCAGAAAGCAAAACCUACUUAUUUUACUGGAUCCUGUAUCGUAAAAUGGAUGUUGGCAGAGCCCACAAAAUCUUUGAUUAAGACAUCUCCGGAUGCACAGUUGCCUUGGCAAUUGCCAUCUUUGAUACUCCCCCUUUCUUUCAGAAUAGCGUUUGGGGGAAAGAUGUAGGAAACCAACCCACAUGAUUAAUAACUAAUAACCAACGGAGGCACUUUUCUCCAUUUUUUAUUUUAUUUUAUUUUUUAGAUUAAUGGCCUGCAAUCUUCCAUAGCAGAAUGUGAGCAGCGUGGGGAAAUGGCCCUCAAAGAUGCCAGGACAAAACUGGCUGACCUGCAGACUGCUCUGCACACGGCAAAGGACGAGCUGGCUCGUCUGCUGCGGGACUACCAGGAACUGAUGAAUGUGAAGCUGUCCCUGGAUGUUGAAAUUGCUACAUACAAGACACUGCUGGAGGGAGAGGAGAUCAGGUAGGCACUGGGAAAUCAGACAUAUCUGACGGCAUGUGGAUCCAGGUGCAAAAUAUGUCUGCCAUUUUGUGGCUGGAUGUUUUGAAUGGGACUCCUAGUUCUUUUUAGAAUGUGGAACGUAGGAGGCUGAUUUAUACUAAGACAGGCUAUUGGUUCACCUAUCUCAGAACUGCCUACACUGACUGACAGCAGCUCUCCAGGGUUUCAGAAUGGAGUCCGUCCCCAACAGUACCUGGAGCAAACAGGGAUUGGAUAGGCAUAUAAGGCGCAUAUUCUGUCACUGAGCUCCGCCCCUGCCCUGUAUCCAGUUCAUGGAACAGCCACUGCCUAGUAGCCCUUGGGGAGUUUUCUUCAAUGAGGAAUGUACUCUGUUGAAUGUAAAUCUGUUGAAUUUUCAAGGACCAUGCAAUGUUCAUUCUGCAGCUGUCAGGUGUCAAUCCAUCAAUGUGGCAGUGCCUUUGCUUUGGAACUCCCUUCCUGUUAACAUUAGACAGGCACCCUCGCUAUCCUGUUUUAAAUGUGUGUUUAAAACCUUUUUAUAGUCAUACCUCAGAUUGCAAAUGUGAUCUGUGUGGGAGGCACUGCAGCGUUCUCAGCCUGAAGCGCCGCGCCUGCGCACCCGCGUGAUGCAAUUUGGCACUUCUGCGCAUGCAUGUGACGUGAAUUUUACGCUUCUGUGCAUGCGCAAGCACCAAAACCCGGAAGUAACCCAUUCCAGUACUUCCAGGUUUGGCGCGGUCCGCAACCCGAAAACACACAACCCGCAGCGUUCGUAACCCGAGGUAUGACUGUAUUUCAGGAUUUUUCUUAGAAGGGUUGUGGGAAUGGGUGAUUGGCUAAUGGGUGUGGUGAACCUGUUGACGACUGUUGAUUACUGUAAUUGGUCUUACAUGAAAAAGCAAGGGAUGCUUGCUAAAGCUAUUAUUGGUCACUAGCUCUUUAAAAAUCCCUUGCUUUUUCCUGUCAGACCAAUUGCAGUCAUCAAUCCUUCCCCUCCUUCUUAUUAUAUAUAAGGGUUUGGUGACUUCUGUCUCAGAGUACCUGAAGAAGUGUGCAUACACACAAAAGCUUAUACCCAGAACAAACUUAGUUGGUCUCUAAGGUGCUAUUGGAAGGAUUCUUUUAAAGACUUUCUUAGGACAAAUAGACUUGAUUCUUUUAAGGGAGUUUCUUUGUAAGAGCUUUUUAACAAUCUUUUUAAAGAAUUUUUUUUAUUUUGCAUUGGUUUGUGUACACUGCCAGGGCCGUCUUUAGCAUAUGUGCCUCCGGGGUGCAAAGAUCAGCCCAGCACCCCCAAAUUUAGUUUAGCUGGCGCAUUUUUGAGGAAAUGGAAAACUAAAAUCGUGUGCUGAAACGCAUGUGUAGUAGAGCCCUAAAUACUAAGUAGUUAGUCAAUGAAAAUGCCAACAAUUAGUGAAAAUAAACAUUUUCUCGCUGGCACGAGAUCCUUUGUGUUAGAGGUACCGCUGACCCUGCUGACGCAUAGCAGCUCAAUUCAAUACAUAACAUAAUCUUAGGCAGCUUCAGCAGCAGGCGCCUGGUGCCUCCCAGAAUUUGACACCCAGGUGCCCUGCACCCCUCUACCCCCCGGGCCCUGUACACUGCUUAGAUUUUAAAAAAUCAAGAUAUAUAAAUUAUAUAUAACCCCCCCUAAAUAGAAUGAAUGUAGGUAGAUUCAAGUAUUGGAGCAGGGCUGGGGAAGCAGUGGCCCUCCAAAUUAGGAGGCACUGUUUUCUAUUCCACCUUGUUUUUGUCACAUGCAGCACUGUUUCCGUUUGCUGCAGUUUGACUUCUGCCCAAAGCUACAUUAUUCAUCUCAGGGCUUAUCCACACUUACCUUUCCUCCACUCUUAAAUUGUGCUACAGCCCACAAUUCAAAGCUCUGUGUCCCAGUCCCCCCCCCCCUUUUGCUCCGGAGCUUUCCCCAUGAAAACCCACUCUUGGAUUCUUAAUUGGAGCAAACAUCCAUCUGCGAAAAACCUGAAUUAACAUUUGCUCUGAUAGAGCACUAAAGAGCGGGUUGGACUGCACCCCUGAACAUUGACCAUGCUGACUGGGGCUGAUGGGAAUUGUAGUCCAAAACAUUUGAAGGGCAACAGGUGGAGGAAGGCUGAGCUAAAUCAAUCCCUAUAACUAAUGAAAUUAACAAGCUGGCCUAGCAUGGUUUGCUCUCACUUCAAUAGGUUGUGUUUAUCUUUUCAGGAUGUCUGGAGAAUUCUCAACCCCUGUUAACGUAUGUAAGUAUGUGCCAUAGCAUCUGACUCCGUUAAGAAACAAGGCUCUUUGCUUGAGGGACAGAAGGACAUCUCUAAUAUAAUUUUCCUACUCCACAGCUGUGGUCAGCAGUUCUAGCACCAUCAGUGGUGGUGGUGGAGGAGGAGGAUAUGGCCUUGGAGGCGGAAGCGGAUACGGCCUUGGAGGAGGAAGCGGAUAUGGUGUCGGAGGUGCAGCAGGAAGCGGAUAUGGCAUCGGAGGGGGAAGUGGGAUGAGCCUUGGUGGUGGAGGCGGCGGGAGCUGUGGACAUGGCCAUGUCAGUGUUGGAGGAGGAAGAGUCAGCAGAAUUAGUACUGGAGGCAGUUUAAGCGGUUCUGGAAGCCUCACCGGUGGAGGAUAUGGCUAUGGAGGUGGCAGUUCGAGUGUGAAGAUCGUACAUUCCUCUUCAAGCAAGCGAAUAAGCAGCUAAGGUGUCCUUGCUUGCAUCCUCCAAAAGUACGCACCAUUCCUUGCUUCAAGAAAACAAAGAUUCUCCCCCCAAUUAUGUAUAUCUCGCUCAAAGCCCAUAACACACACACACGCACUUACUGGUGAUUUUCACCUGUAUAACUUCCCCCUCAACAAUUCAACAAGGAAAGUGCCAAAUAUUCAAUUAUUCUGUUUAUGCCAUUCUUUGAGUCAUGAUGAGAAAGGUUAGCUGGUGUGGCUUUGUACUAGGCUGUAGAUCAGAAAAGCCCAGGCUUGAAUAUGUAGGCAUAUUUUUUAAAGAAAGAAAGAAAAUGAAUUCCUAAAUUAGUGUUAAGGAGGAGGGUUUCUUGUUCAGCUUUCUCGCUGGCAUGCUAGUUUUGUGGGGACAGGGAGGCUUUGUAAUAAAUGGGAAGCAGUUAAAAAUGUGCUUGCUCUCCUCACCCAAGCAAAGGGCUGAAGUGGUACAGUGCAGGAGAAAUUGUACCACGUGACAUGACUGUUCCAAUAGUGUGGUGCCUUCAGCCCAAUGCUCAGUCACAAUAAGGUUGUAGACAGUUGCUUUUUCCUUGCGUUCUAGUUUUCUCUGUUGAUACUUGAUCUUCUCCACCCAUGGGGUGCUUCUUCCAGAGCACUCGCCUCCUUUUCAUUACUUGUACAGUUGCAUAAUUCUGAAGCAAACUGGUCCAUAGCCUUGUCCCAAAAUUUCUCUUUUCUCACCUAAGUGGCUCCUCCCCAAGCCCAUUUCGUGGCAAAGAUAAGAAAUGCCCGGAAGUGAAAUGAGAAAUGAAUAAAUAAGGUGGUGCAAAACAACAGAAGUGCUUUCAUAAACUCCCUUUAAAAAUAAUAAUAAUUGUGUUGUAUAUUCCAUUUUAAAACACACAGUCUGUGUGUGUUUCCAAUGUUAAACAUUGCUAACAAUAAGCUACAAUUCAAGUAUUCAACAAUUUCAUUGGCCGUUCCGUAAGUCUGAUGAAGUAUGCUCUUGUCUAUGGAAGCUCAUACUGCAAUAAAUCUGUAAGCUUUUAUGGU